AUGGCUGGAGUUGUGGGAUCACAUGGUAUCUGGAUGAUAAUUGGUGUCCAUGUGAUGCUCUUGGUGUUAGCUCAAGACAAGGAUCCAUUUGUGCUGUAUGACUUCAGGGGAGCCAACCUUUAUCUUGAUGGAAUGGCAAAUAUCAACGAUGGUCGAUUGCAUCUUACAAAUGAUACCAAGACCAGCACUGGUCAUGCUAUGCUCAAAACUCCCUUGAAUUUCACAGCCUCAUCUCCCAGCUCAUUUUCCUUUUCAACAGAGUUUGUCUUUGUAAUCUUUCCACUGGCUAAACCUCCUGCAUACGGUCAAGGUAUGGCUUUUGUGGUAGCUUCUAAGAUAGACCUCAUGGCUAAGGGCACUGCAACUUCAGGUUUAGGGCUUUUUAAUCCAGAAAACAAAAAUAUAACUGAAAACCAGAUCCUGGCCAUAGAGCUUGACACUAAUGAAAGCUCUGAAUCAUUUGACGAAAGCGAUAACCAUGUAGGGAUUGAUAUUAAUAGUAUAGUCUCGGUCGAAUCUGCCAAUGCUACUUACUUUAAUGGUACAGAGGGAAAGAAUGAAACUCUGCUGCUUGCAAGUGAAAAACCUAUUCUGAUAUGGAUAGAUUAUGAUGGAACAGAGAAGGUACUUCAUGUAACGUUAGCUCCAGUACCAACUCCAAAGCCUGUUUCACCUCUCAUGUCAAGUUCCAUCAAACCAAGUGUUCCUCUCUUGUCAAGAUCCAUCGAUCUUUCAGAAGUUUUCAAUGAAACAAUGUUUGUAGGUUUCUCUGGAUCUACAGGCACAGUCAAAAGUGACCAAUACAUUCUUGCAUGGAGUUUCAAGAAAGGCGGAAAAGCAGAAAGCAUUGACCUCUCAAAGGUUUUGGAUCCCCCUACUCGACCUCCACACUACAAGAAAUAUCAACAUUGA